AUGAUGAAGCUUGGGACUUAUGCUGGUCUCAGUUUCCUUGGUGCGAUAGCUGCCAUUUACCAUGCAUUUAGUAGCAGAGAGCAGUUUUACCCUGCCAUGGUGUAUUUGUCCACAUCGAAGAUAUGUCUCGUGCUUCUGAUGAACAUGGGUUUGGUCAUUAUGUGCAUUAUUUGGCAGUUGGUAAAGUGUUUAUUUUUGGGGUCUCUUCGGGAAGCGGAGGUUGAAAGAUUGAAUGAACAAUCUUGGAGAGAGGUGAUGGAAAUUCUGUUUGCAAUCACAACCUUCCGGCAAGACUUUUCUGUUGGUUUUCUCGGGAUGGUCACUGCACUUCUUCUGAUCAAGGCUUUGCAUUGGCUGGCCCAAAAGAGGGUUGAAUAUAUAGAAACAACUCCAACUGUUUCCAUUCUCUCUCACAUCAGGAUCGUUUCGUUCAUGGGGUUUCUACUGCUCGUAGAUUGCCUUUUCCUGUACAGUUCCAUUCGACCCUUGAUACAAACCCGAGAGGCAUCAGUGGCACUUUUCUUUUCCUUUGAGUAAGCAUCUCUUUUAAUAAUAUCCUAUGGGCUUCACUUUAUGUUGCAUUAAUUGUACAAGAAAGAUCAUUUGCCGAAAUUCUUUUGAAUUCCGAGUUAUCAUUGAUUCCAGAGAAAUUUAGAUACAUUAUUUGAUCUUGAAGAAAACUUUAAUCUCUGAUAUUUUUUUGGUAUUUGGCCGCUGUAUGCAAGAAAUUAAAUUACAAUUCUACUGUACGCUGGAAUCUUCAAAAUAUCAUCGGAUUCUAGUUUAUUCUUGAAAUAAAUUAGGAAAUGAACAAAGAAUUCUCGCUGCAAAACCAUUCUCAUCGUCACCACAUUGCCGUGUUUACUAAUUAACAUCAUUUCAAUUAUUUUUUAUUCUGUGAGCAUUUACUAUAUAUUAGUGUACCCAUAAUUUCUUAGACAAUAAAGUAAAUCUGAGUGGAAUAUACACGUAGUUGCCAUGCAGCGUCGGUUUUGCUGUUUCUUUUGGAAGUUCGUGUAUUCUAUUAUGAUCAGAUGUCAACCAAGGAAAAAUGUCCUAUAUCAUUAGUGCUGGUGUUAUCUGUGCCAUCUUCCAGUAUGUUCAUUUUUUUGUUGGGGUGCAAUCAUUUUAAAUCAGGACCUCAUUCGUUGAAGGAAUUACUACAAUUCUGUUCUUUUUCACCUUUUUUUUAUUUUUAUCUUUAUUAGGAUUAAUAGUAAACCUACUAUUAUAGGUUAUGCCUCUAUUUUGGUUUGAUACUUUCGGUUUUCGGUGGGGAUCUUGUGCUGUAUCCACUCGAGUGGAACUAGUUUGUUGGCUGGUGUGCCUAAUUUCCAAUUCCGAGUUAACGAGAGAGUCAACCUGAAAAGAUUCUCUAGUCAGUUCGUGGCACUGAGAACGAUGGAAUGUGUAUCUAUGUCUUGUAUGUUGCUUCGUUUUCUUUUUUAUUUAACGAACAAGCUGAUAUCCCUCCCAUGUGACAAGGACUGUUGAGCACUGAAAGAUAAGGCCAGAACUUCCAUCUUCGUCUCCUUGGUCUGAUGUCCUGCCAUCGAACUGAAUGAUAAUCGUUUUGAAUGUGUGUACUUUAGCGGUUGCAUAUCCAGUAUUUUUUGGUACAAUGGUUACAUUUUAAAGUAGACUUGUGUUUUUCAGACCUAGUCUUUUGACUUUCCAGACAAAUCCUUAGUAAAAUCAGUCUUCCCCCCAUUUUCAAUAUCUUGUGCCCCAGAAUAUCAAAGCAAUUAAUACCUUCGAAACUUUUUAUUCGUUGAUGAGUCAUCAAUCUGGAACCACGCUAAUUUUAUACACGAACUCCACAUUUCAAGACACAAAUAUACGUAUCUAACAUGCGAGUAACUUGUUAUAAUCAAUCAAUGUAUAUGCAGAAGUUGUGCCUUCUUGAAAACUUAAUUUUUUGUAGAAAAGGUUUUCAGACUGUUGUCAAGCAUAUCUCAUUUUUUUUUCUGCCCUGCCUUGCCCUGCCCUGCUGGACUGGAGCUGCCUAUACUCACCCUACUGGGAUACAUCUAGUCAAUCUUGUUGGUUCUGAGCAGGAACUGGCUGUUUUUGCAUCCUUCCAUAUAGAAUCAGUCGUUCCUUGUUCACAUUAACCAAAAUCCUGAAACUGUUGCAGUUUUUUUUUUUUUUUUGUGUAUCUCCAUAGACAUGAAGGUUAUCCUCAAUUUCCAAAAGAAUAUUUUGAAGCUUGACUGUUUGGGGUGAAUUUAUUUCUUUAUGAAGUUUGUUUCUCUCAAGAUGCUUCCAAUUAUAACUUUUUAUAUUUGGUACUAAUGUCCUAGGUACAUGAUACUAGCAACAACAACAGUCUCAACAUUUGUGAAGUACACAUUCUAUGUUAGUGACAUGCUCAUGGAAGGACAGUGGGAGAAAAAGGCUGUGUAUACCUUUUAUUUGGAACUUAUCCGAGAUUUACUUCACUUGUCCAUGUAUCUUUUCUUCUUUAUGGUGAUCUUCAUGUAAGCAGUUCUUCCAUGCAUAUUCUUUUAUGAAUUUAGAUACUAUGUGACUUUUAAAUCAAUACACAUGCAGAUCUUGUGUAUUCUUUGAUAUUUGUCUUUAUCCUUUUUCAUGCUAGUCUCAUUUUUGAUACUACUUGAUUUAAUACAGAUAUAUGCAUGACAUAUACGAAAAAUCAUUAUUUUCAUUUUAAUAAUGCGAGGAUUUAUCGAUCUUAUGAAUAAGUUGAGUGAUGGUGGACUUAUUCUUCUCUUUUAUUAUAUUUCUGUUCUUGCUAUUUUUAUUUGAGCAACAUGUGCGCUCUUCCUUGGUGUCCGUAUGACCUAGCAUUCAUGUAUGAUACACAACUGGAUGGCUUAGGUACUUGCUCAUGAAACCGUUGGUUUGAUGGGCUUAGACCUUUGAGUUUAAGGGAUGAAGAAAAUGGGGAAGAUGUUAUGUAUGAAGGUAUGGGGAGCUAGCGUCUGAGAGGGAUUCUUGAAGCAUUUAUGUGGGUACCUAGAAACUUAGGAUUUCUUAUCCGUUUCCCGAUAUUCCUAGUAGAACAGUCUGUUUCGUGGAGAAACCCACAGUAAACAUUGCACAACUUUAAAGUUGGCUCAUAGGUUCAUUUUAUUUUCAGCCUCUUAAUCCUUACCUAUUAGUCAGUAAUUUGUCUUGUUGUUCUCUUCAGUUAGAAACAACCAUUUUUUGUAAUUCUUGUUAUCAUUGCCAGAAAACUUUUGGUUUUUCUUUUCUUUGUACCCACCUUUUUUUAAGUGAAUAAAAAGACACUGUAGGUUUCAUUGGAGACAAAGAAUUGGUUAGAUGGUCUUUAUGAUUAAUAGGAUCACCUUUGUGGCUAUAAACUACUUGACUAUUUUCCAUUUCGGGAUGUUUCAAUUUAGCCCUAGAAAUUGAUAGAUGUUGAUCUCUGUGUUCUAAUAUUCACAUACAGGGAGAACAUGAUAGUUAUACCCUAGAAAUUUACUUGAUUUUUUUUUGUUUAGGCUUUGCGUACUUGACUCACAAGCAGGGGUAAGUGUGGUCUAGCUGAAUAUUUCUUACCAGGGACCAUGAUGAACCCUACCCAUAUAUUCUAAUUUAUUAAAUGCCUGUUUUGUUCCUUUUAGAACCAAUGUCUUUUAUUGAGGAAGUAUCUUAAAUUGAAUUUUUCAUUUUUUUCAGGAGCUAUCAGGUACCACUACACCUGAUACGUGAACUCUAUGAGACGUUCCGGAAUUUCAAAGCCCGUAUUGCAGAUUAUCUCCGAUACCGGAGAAUUACAUCAAAUAUGAAUGAGCGUUUCCCAGACGCAACACCUGAGGAGCUUAAUUCGUGAGUUCUGUUUUAGUUGAUGAAUUUUUACUUCAUAUUCAGUAUCGUGAAGUGCUCUACUGAGGCUUUUUCCUAAAAACAGAGGCGAUGCAACAUGCAUCAUAUGUCGCGAGGAGAUGGUUACUGCCAAGAAAUUGCUCUGUGGACAUCUAUUUCAUGUGCAUUGCCUGAGGUCAUGGUUGGAGAGACAACAUACCUGCCCGACAUGCAGAUCUUUGGUUAUCCCUCCUGACAACGUAUCUCAUGGAUCUGGGAGACAACAAGCAACACCAUCUCAGAGUCAUCAUUCUGGUAAAUCUUAUGAUCUACUUGUUUCCAUGGUAUAUCUACUUUUACUAUUACUGUCUUGCCUAGAAGGGUAUACAUAUGUGGAAAGGUCUGGACCUUUCAUCUCCUAUCUCCUGAUGAGUACUCGCAGCCUUUUCCAAAAUGGUUGCCCCUUUUCAAAUAAAGAUGUUUGCCAACGAAAUUAGCUACUUUCAGGUUGAAACUUUGUCAGUAAAAUCAUACUGUCAUUUUUAACAGGGAAUUCAUAUUAUUAUAUGCUUGGAUUUUCAUCCUGAAGGAUCUGUCCUCGAAACAGAUAAAAAGGAUGUAAAAAUUAAGCAAAUAGCAAAAUUCUCAGAAUUCAGUAUUAUUGCUCGAUAGCUACUCCUGCAUUUUAAUAUAAAUGGUUAGAGUUGAACUUUGGUGUGUUAAAUCUGACUGAUGGACGAUUAGAUUAUCGAAGUUCAGGAGCAGUUCAGAUGUUUUUGGUGUGAGAUGAGCAAUUCUAUUCAUCUAUCUAUGGUUAACAUCCAGUGUGAUUUUUUGCUGAAAAAUAUCCUGCCCCCGGUGUCCUCAACUUCUUUUAAUGGGUGUGCCAUUUUUAGGAUGUUCAUUGAAGCCCAGAUUUGUAGUGACAAUUAUUCAUGUAGAUGGUGAUGACCUAAGGACAUCUCUAUAUAUCUGAACAACAAAAAAAAUACAAUUAUAUAAGUCUAGUAUCUUCCUGCUAUUACAGUGGUAUUUUCUAUGCUCAUAGCUCUGUAACAAGAUCAUUUUUCUCAAAUGUAGGUUAAUAUUUUUUCAACUGUAGGUUUUAAAAAGCUGACACCAGCAUAGGCAAGGAGGACAUUGAAAGAACACCUCUGUAUUGGAAGAAGUACAUGGGAAGCAAAGAAAUGCUAUAUCCCAUCUAUGAAAAGUCCAUAAUUUUUGGAGGCCAAUGAUGAGUCUUCUAAUCUUUUUAGCUAUAAGAUGAUCCUACGAUCAGCGAAUUAAGGAGGUCCAAACCAUUCAAUUGAGGACAACAACUGCAGGUGAUGAUUGGGAAUAAUUACCCUGGUGGUUAUUUCUUUUUUGUUUUUGAGUAAUAUGCACAAGAAAAGUUUAUUGGGGUAGAGAAGACUCCAAGGUCAUCAUUACCGCUUAAUUCUCUGCUGAGGUGACUGCUUAUACCAUUCUCCGCUGAGGUUGAUUAGACAAGACCGUCAGGCACAUUUCUGUGUGUGCUUGUGUUGAGUUAGGGUUGGGAGAAGGGGAUGGGUGUGGAAGGUUUUUGUUUGUCUUUUUUCAUGUAGUCUUCUGGAAAUCUUCUAGAAGAAGCAAGAAGGUCAUUUUUUUUCAUGCUGGUUGUGAGCAUUUUCGUUGGAAGUUGGAAUCAGUGGUUUUAUGGAAUAUCUGCUUAUUUACAGUAGUUUGUUAGUUGGUUUGAUGGAAUUUCGAAGGAACAGUAUGUGCCUGAAUCCCAACGGAUCAACUGCUUUGAAGAACGAGUGCACGCCUGCACUCAUACUCCGUUGGGUUUUAUGAAUAAGUUAAUAGUCGACACAUAUUUCUUCUAAUGAUGAAAUUGGGGAGAGCAUGAUGCUAUUUUACUGUCGCUUCUUCAUAUGUUUACCAGAACGUCAACUUACGAUUUAUGAGGCACUGCUAUGUGUGGCUGCAUCGCGUUUCACUGCCAUCUGGCGUGCUCCCUCUCUUUCUCUCUCUCUGUGGUGGAAAUUUUCUCGACUGUUUUUCAUCAUCUGAUUGUAUGAUUUAGAAACCUUGGUGAUUAAACAUGUUUAACUGUGAACAGGAUCUGUGGCGGCAGAAACAUCCAGUCGGGGUACCCAAAAUGCGGAAAAGGUCAGCUUGAGUCCCCAUGAGGUCAGACUACAGGCUGCCGAUUCUGCUGCUGCUGUGUACCAGAAGUCAUUCAGUCAUCGUCCUGUAAUAAGGUUCGUAUUUCGUUGGUGUGGCCUGCCUUAGUUUGACUCUUACUGCUGAUUUUUGUGCUGUUUUUAUUUUGAUGGUUUCUUUCUAAUUUUAGCCUCUCUCUAUCCAAGGGAAUCUUUCGCUUUCUAAUAGGGGAGCCCUCUGGACAUUUUAUCUGCAGAUUCGGGACGUUAAUUUCCGUGUUGAGAGGCGGUCGUCAAUACAUUUUCAUGUUCUGUUUUGGAGUCAUAUUUCAUAUGCGAUCAUCUGGGCUUAUAAAUAAUUUAUUAUUUGGCAUGAUGAUGAUGAUGAUUUUCUUUUUACCAUAUGCCCUCUGAUUAAUUUUACAUUAGUGGGAAUAUCACUAUCAAAUAUGUAGGGGGGAGGGGGUGGUGCCCUUUAAGCAACAUCUUGCUUGAAACUAGUUUCUCACUACUUGCUUAAAACAGGGUUUUCACGUGUCGAAGGUGAGCAAGCCCCCCUGCCAUUCGGGUCAAACUUAUGUUCACCUGAGAUUCUAGAGAAAUUUUUUGUCCAUUGAUCUGGCAUGUAGUUUUUUUUUUAGAGUAUCGAUGUGUGAAUGCGAGUCGCGCUACGACGGAUGACCGAAUGCUGUUUCCCCUUCCCUGUUGUCCUCAGGUCUUUGAACUAUGGUUUGCGACCCAAGGCUGGUAACCAGCGACAGGCCAUGGAAUUGGCCGGGGAGGCGACCCCUUCCCAGAGGGAGCACCGGCCGCCAUCGCCGCCACCUCUACUGGUGGGAACCGAAGGUCUCCAGCAGCAGCUUGAGGUGCGUCGAUCGCCCAGCGCUUCUUGAGUGCAUAUUGAAAUGUUUGAAUCGAUUGUAAGUUGAUCGAUCCACUUAAAUAAUCGCCCAUGAUUCAGGCUCUCCAAAGACAGAUGGAGCUGUUGCAGCGGCAGAUCAGUGCAGUCGCUUCGAUCCCGGACGCCAAGGGGAAGGUGGUCGUCGGCCCAGGUUCUGGGCAGCUUGACCAUGGCCCCAGCAGCUGCUGA